AUGUUCCAAGUCGCUGCCCACCCCACCUCCUUCGACUCUCACAAGCACGGCCAUGGACACCGCAGCUCACACUCAUCGAGCCAGCACUACCACCAGCAACCGGCCGUCUCCUCCAGCGUGCAGCUUCCCAGAACUCUCGCGAGACCCCCAUUCGCAGACAUCUCACGCGAAGCCCUCACCGCUGCUUCACCAGAGUUGGCUAACGUGCCCUCUGAGUACAUUCGUCGCCGCCUACGGGACACUGCUCCUCAAAUGAUGGCCGGUAUUGCAAGUUUAGCUCCUUCCCACUUGCCAUCGACUCUGCCACGCUCGCACCUCCCAUCAUCUCUCUCCAUCCCAAUUCGCUCGCAAUCAAGCCAUUCCACACAACCAUCAUAUCCCACUCACAUCCUAGCGAUUGCUCCCUCAAAACCUUCAUCUUCGCACUCGGCAGAUGCCUUAACAAUUGUGCCCACACAUGCUCUCGUCCUUGCUUCACAAUGCGCGCUGCUUCCACGUUUCCCCGCUUCGUCAUCGGCCAACCCAGGGAGCCCUCAAAUACAACUCCCCGUCAUCCCUGUUUCCCUACCAUCACCCGCUGCGUUCCAACUCCUCCACCCUUUCCUAUACACCCACAACCUCGGAGCUCUUCUCGCCUCUCUUCUUCCAAUGCCCCAGGGGUUCGUCCAAGCUCCAGGCUUUGGCGGUGACCAUGUCAAGCAUGUGCUUGGUUCUGGUCAGAAGCUCCAUGAGCUGUCCGUUUACCUCUGCCAAGUCAGCCACUCCCUCAGCGCACUUACCUCCCAUGCUGCUCACAUCAAAGAGCUCUGGCAAGACUGCGUUGCCCUUGGCAUCUACGACGUGGAGCUCUGGGACGCCAUGGAUCUCGCUUGGGAAGUCGUCCUCGGCGCAAUGAACCUCGCUGCUCGCCAGUAA